AUGUGGACCGCCAAAUUCUUCGCUGUUACGUUAGUAAUAACGGUUUUUAUUCGGGACGCCGAAUCUUGGAAGCCGCGUAGAAGAGGAGGCUCUCUACUGCCUUGCAGUCCGCGUGUUUGUCAAGUCAGCUCUUGGUCAGCAUGGAGUCCCUGCACCCAUCUAUGUGGGACAACUGGAACACAAACGAGGGCAAGAACAGUCGCCGUCACUGCGACCUGUGGAGGAUCAUGUCCACAUUUGUCAGAGAUUCGCUCGUGCAACAGAGACAACUGUCAGAAUUCAGGAACUCCCUCAAGAAACGGUUGCUCUUGUCCUCCGGGAUAUGUUGGAACGUGUUGUGAAAUUGUACCAGGAUCUGGGAGUUGUACUUCGCUGAUCACUUCCAACGGCAAUGUGCAGUUUACCUCUUCUUCUAGCAGCCAGGGACCUGGAAACCCAGUGCUUCAUAGCAAUGAUGUGUGGUGUGCGGGUGUCGUAAACGCUAACCAAUAUCUCAAGGUUGAUUUAGGUGCUGUCAUGUUGGUAGAACAAGUCUCUGUACAGGGAAAAGCAAACUCUAACAAAUCAGUCUCUGAAUAUUACAUAAAAACCAGCACAGACAACAUCAAUUUUAAUUUCGUUCUUGAAGGGUCACGUCGCAAGGUAUUUUUUGGCCCUUUCUUUGAUGGUAAGGCUGUAGUCACCACGAAAUUCAUCCUUCCUGUACAGGCUAGAUAUGUGUUGUUCAAUCCACGAGAACCGUUGACUGUGUCCUCUAAUCAUCUAUGUCUGCGAGUGGACAUAGCAAGUUGUCAAAAUGGUAAAUGUUCACAUUUAAACUUAAUACAAAGAAAGAAAUAUAAAAGUGAGGAAGAUCUAGAAAGCCUAAGUACAAAAUGAAAGAAAAGAAACUUUACAUUCAAAUUUGUAAAAUAAUGAAAAGCAAACACCACUGCAUAAAAGUACCAAUUAUCGUUCCCAUUUCAGUUCUCGGAUACUAGAGUUAAACCCACUAGAAAUUAGAACUGUGAGAUUGGCAUAAUAUGGUACCAGAGAGAGAGUCGAAGCUUUUUUAAGGGCCAGGCGUUACGACAAAGUUUUGAUUUAAAUCUCUUUCAAUUUGAAAUAACAACUAUUUCUUCCGAGUUUUCAACGUUGGCUUGAAGGAGUCCAUAAAAUGUCUCUGUCUCGGUCGUUCCGUUUCAUUACUCGUUAUAUUGCAUCAUGGGACAAGAUAUCCAGGAAGCCGUAUCACGCAUAGUUGCUUAUUUUACUUUACAGCACGCAGUAAA